CAAAUAGGUUUGGGGUAUGUAAUGCUGAGCUUAGCUAAAUAAUUUAAACUCAUUUAGUUUUAUAAAUUUAAAACUUCUUAUUUAAAUGUAUAAAAAACUAUUCGACCUUUACGGCAUUAUCUUGUCAUUUAAAAAUAUAGUUGUCUAUAAGUAUUAUAUCAUCUGCUUUAUUUAGGAUACAUAUUUAGAAAGAGAUUUUUUCUUGGUAUUAUAGAUAAAAAACAAACUGGUUAGUUGUUAAAGUUAGCUAUAAUUUAUAAACAUUCAUUAUGGUUCAUCUUAAGACGGGAAUGGAGUAGCUAAUAUCUUUAAGUCAAGCGAAACCGAUUCCAUCGAAACUACUUUCACCUUUCUUUCAAGCACUUUUCAGUGCUUCUCAUAGCCUAAUACAACAGCGUAUUGAAUAUCGAUUUUAAUCAAUUACAUAUUAAUAACACAUCAAUAGAAAUUAAGGUAUAAAAUUAGAACACAAUGAAGAGUGUCAAGCAAAUUUUACAUAUCGGGUGUUUUGAUACAAAAACUCAGAACUCUAAAUUUACCGCUAACAUUCUGUAACAUCAUUGAAUAGUCAUCAUCUUAUUAUGUAAUGAUAGAUAUCAUAUUCUAUAUAAAAUCAGAACUAAAAAUCAACUGAUUCUCUAGGCACAAUAGUUUGAAAAAUCACCUAUAAAUAAUGUGUACUAGCUCGAAAGAUAAAGCCUUAUGGGUUUUAUCUCAAGAACAUCAGGCGUUUCCCGGACGCUAAAGCUAAAUUAAUGCAUUCUCGGCAUCAUAAAGAGAAACAAAUAGGCGCAGAUGGACCGUAUCGACUUCGUAACUUAACGCUAAAACGCUUAAGCUUCGUUUAGCCUUAAGUUAUUAUCGCAUAUUCAAAAUACAGAUACGGAUAUGAGUGAAAAAUCUUCUCUCCGUUUACCUUUAAUCCCAGCAGUUCACACCACAUCUGUAGAUGAUGAGGAUUUGAAUAAUAGAAUAUCUCCUACCAGUGCCGAUUCUGGACAUCUUUGGUCAAGGCGAGGAACUCGCUUAAUGCCACCAAAGAGUCUAGGACCUCUUCAUUCAAAGUUGAUAGAUGAACAGCGUAGUAAGAGUUCGGAUGAAUCUACUGGGUCUCACUUUCGAAGAAGAUUGGUUUUAAAGUCGAUACGGCGUACAUGGCCGUCUUCGGGAACUGCUGAAAGCAAAUGCAAAUCACGGUAAGUAUGUAAUAGAAUCCAAGAACUAAGUAGGACUGUAUGCUCAACUUAGAGGCAGUCUGUUGUAAUGUAUUUCGCUCAUGGGCAAAAAUACUAUCAAUUGAUGUUGACAACGGAAAGAAAUUUCGGCUUUUGCUUUUGAAAAAGUCGAAAGCUACUCUUCCCGUCUUGACCGGGAGCCAUCGAUCAGGCCUUAACAAAAUUGUAAUCAAAAGAAAUUCGUAUGGCAAAUAUUUGAUUAUUCUAGUUUACUGCCUUCAGGCAAUUUACCUUCUAAUUAGUUCUAUUCUG